CUCUUGUGACUAGGCUGCUUUCUGAGAAGGAGUGCUGUAUGGCCAGAGUUCCUUCACUGGGGAGUAAGAGAAAUUCAAAACGUUUCAGUUAAGGCUUCAAACUGUUCCAGAUGAAGGAGAAAGACUUCAUCAAAAGGAUGGUCUGACUGACACAUCAGCUUCAGAGUAAAGCCAAGCCUGAGAAACAACAACACAGAGGCUUUCCACGAGCAGAAGAAAUGAGCACUGAGAGACCUUCCAAUCUAAUCAAACAUGCAGGGCAGACAAGCAUUCCAUCUCUCGAAAAUAUAACUGAAUUUUCCUUAAAUAUCACUGACUGCAAUCAGAUUGUGGUGCCAGAGGAAGUUUUUUUCACUGUUGCUGCUGCUGGCAUACUGGAAAAUCUACUUGUCCUUGUUGCUGUCAUCAGAAAUAAGAAUUUGCACUUGCCCAUGUACUUCUUCAUUUGUAGCUUAGCCAUUUCAGACAUGUUAGGUAGCUUGUACAAAACUCUGGAGAACAUCUUUAUUAUCUUGUGCAAAAUGGGGUACCUGACACGUCGUGGAGACUUUGAGAAAAAGCUGGAUGAUGCCAUGGAUUCCAUGUUCAUUCUAUCUUUACUGGGGUCCAUUUUCAGCUUGUUAGCUAUUGCAGCAGACAGAUACAUCACUAUCUUCUAUGCUUUGCGGUACCAUAAUAUAAUGACACUAGGAAGGGCUUUGGUCAUCUUGGCAAUCAUUUGGACAUUCUGUGCUGGCAGUAGCAUUGCCAUUGCCCUCUUCUCCCAUGAAGUAGCCACAGUCAUUCCCUUCACCAUUCUGUUCCCUUUAAUGAUGUUUUUUAUACUGUGCCUGUAUAUCCAUAUGUUCCUCCUAGCUCGAUCUCAUGCUAAAAAGAUCGCCUCGCUGCCAACCAGUGCAGUCCAUCAGAGAACUAACAUGAAGGGAGCCAUUACGCUGACAAUUUUCCUUGGAGUCUUCCUUUGCUGCUGGGCCCCGUUUGUUCUUCACAUCCUUUUAGCAAGGUUUUGCCCACAUAACCCUUACUGUGCCUGCUACAUGUCCAUUUUCCAUGUGAAUGGGACCCUCAUAAUGUGCAAUGCAAUCAUCGAUCCUAUGAUUUUUGCAUUCCGAAGCCCGGAAUUACGGAAUACUUUUAAGAAGAUGUUCUGCUGUGCCAGGUAUAACUGGAACUGAUAGAAACUAAAUGAAGGUGAAUAUUACAGAAGGACACUCGUGCAACAUCAGUUUGCAGAGUUAAAAAUACUAACUCAAAAUAAUACUACACUUGUAGGACACUGCCAAUAAUUUUCAGAAGGCUGUGAAAGUACAUGUAUGAGCAAAGUAUCCAGACAAGUCUUUGCCAACCGAACCUCCAUAAAUAUUACUGAUUAAGUUAAUUCUGCUGAUAAUUUUCAUGCAAUAGUCUAAAAAUAACUGCAUCAACUGUCUUUCAUCAUUUCAGAAAAAUUUAAAUGUAAGUCUUCUGCAGCAAGCCUUGUGUUCCCCCAGAGAUGAGUUAAUGGCAACUCAUUUUUAUCAGUAAUUUCAAAUUAAAAUGUAUACUACAUUAAAAUUCUGCUGUUUAAAUCACAAAUAAAUGAAUAGUUAUUUUAAAACUUCACAUUUAUACAAAAGUCUAUGAGAAAGCAGAAAAUAUGGACACAUGUUUGUACUUCGCUGGCAACGCUAACUCAUUACUUUGUUCUCAACACUGCGUCUCCUUAAAAUCAUGUAAUUAGUAAUUUUCAAGAGUCAUAAAUAACUUUGGAGUGUGAGGCCAAGCAAAGUUAUUUUGGUUUAAAAGCUAUUUUCAGUGACUGAAGAGUUUUUCCCAACAUGAAGAUGUUGUGGCAGCACAGAUUAUAGGUUUUGAAUUUUAAAACCCCAAAGCCGGGUCUGGAUCAGCAAAGGGAAUUGCUGACCUUGCCAGCUUCUCAUUAAAAUUCCAUAGGCCAGUUUAUUUUAAUAAAAGAAUAGGCUUCAGAGACAGUAAAAGAACUUCAAUUUAGCCAUUAUUUUCUAAACAUGACACAACAAGGAAUUAAAAAAUUAAAAUACCAGUCAGAAAAUUGAAAGAUCUCCAAGGAAGUCAGUCACCUAGAUCAGGGAUCAGCUAGCCAGUUUGGAAGGAUGCUACAAAACAGAUUGCAAUUUACAAAAUCCUUGUGAAAAAAAUUUUAAUCAUCCCUGCCAAAAUAAUACAACGCUUAGAAAACUGGAACACAGAAUAGUUUUCACCCCAAAAUAUCCUGAAGCAGUCCAGAGCAUAUGGUGAAUUAACCUCACAGUAAUUCCACAGAGUUACUCAGCUGUGCCAGAGACAAAAGAUUUAGUAAGAGACAGACAUGAAACUGGGGGAGCUGAGACAUGGCUAGAACAAGAAGUAGAGUAGAGGAAAAGAGAAAAUCUCUUCAUCCAUAAAUAGAAGAACUUAUGAUACAAUAAGAAAAACACGUAUUUCAAGAUAUAUGGGAUAUGGACAAAAGCAUAAGUAUUCAGGGAGACUUAGGGUUACAGAUAAAAAUGUAAGAAAGGGAGCAAUAAAUCUGAAAGUCUCUACAGAACUAAACAAAGAAAAUAUCUUCAAUGAGAAAAAUUGAGUUGGUAAAUGUCAAAAUGAUAAAAUGUUUUUGAAAGAAAAUCAUGAUAUAGACAGACCUUAUAUUAAGUCUGCAACACAUGAAAUAUCUACCAAGUGCAGUUUCUUCAAAAUUUGAUUUUCCAUCCUCUUCCCUACAACAGAAAUAGAUAAGAGAGCUAAGUACCCUCCAUUGCAUUGGAAGUCACUGUCUCUUGUAAGUCCACUCUAACUGUCCUUCAAGAAGGACCACUCAUUUUGUGGAGACCGUGAUAGUUAGGAAUAAGACAAAUGUGAGAGUAUGGGUUGGGGAGGACAAGCUUACAGUUAUAGCAGGCUCUGUAUGGUGCCAACACCUACUGCUUUCCUGUACCACACCAGAAUGGGGCAGCUUAGAGUAGUUCUGUGACAGGGUGGCUGGCCUGCAGGAAAGAGGAUAACUUGGACCCUCACCUACACAAGUCUCAGGACCCAUCUGGCAUCAGCUUUACUUGCAGCAUCUUCAGUUCCAGAGGAGAGAGAAGGGCAAAGUGUAGCUCACAGAACUCAUCUUUCAUUCCCACGCUACUGGCACUUUGCUUUGCAACAAAGACCUGGGUUUCUCCUCACUGCAAAGCCUGAUCCCCAGGCUGUGUAGCUGUGAGAAAGGCCAGAGGCAAGGGAUUUGAACAAGGAGGGACCAUGCCCAACCUCACCCCAGCCCUCCAGCCUGCCUUACAGGUUCCCAGCUCCCCUGUCUCUCACACAGCCUCAAGGCAUAGCAGGUAAGCAGCAGCCAUGGUCUCAAGACCUUUCCUGCAGCUCUCAUACAGUCUGUGUUGGACACAAAGUGCUCACUUCUUGUUCUAAGAUCCUAACAUUUAAGAAAAGACUUCAGAUACAAAAUCACUCCUACAAACACAUCUUUCAUCCCAUUUCUCUUAGCUGUACUUCAAGGGCUGAACAAACUGGCCUCCAGUAACUCAGCAGCUGUCUGCCCCUUGCCACGCUCUCCCUCCAUCCUUCACUUCCCAUCUCCAAGCCUGCUGCAACUUUUAACCUGCAGAAUAUGGAGCAGCUAUCUGGGCUGGAAAGUAGAUGAGCACUCAACACGUCCUGCCUGAAAAAUAUCUUUAACUGUCUUUUCUGCCCUGCACAGCUACUCUUAAUCUAAAAGACAGAGUAGUAAUGGCUUUGCAUUUCAGAAACACCAGUGUUAUAAAGAAAAAUACAUUGUUAUCUCCUGGUACACCUGCAUGUAGAUUACUGCCCCGUGUGAUUUUUUUCCAACCAUCUUGUUAAAAUAAAGAGUCAGCACUUAUGCAGCAUAUAUUUGGCAGGUUUUAUCCCACAUAGCUCGCUUUGACUUGGAAGUAUUUCAGCAGAUACUGAAACUGGGUCUCAGACUGCCAUAAGAUCCAAAUAUUGUUAGGAAUGGUUCUCACAAAACUGUGACCCAGAACUAACUGCUUAGUCUUUGUAGCUUACCUGGUAUAACCUGAGCAACACUUAAUCUUAUGGCAUGAGGUUUUCUCUUCAAACUGGUUAUAGAAACGUGAUGGCUGUUACUGUUAGACUAUGUGCCUAAUACCCAGAUAGCCAGAAAAAUGGGGAGAAAGCUGUUACAUAAAGGGAUCGAAGACAAAGCACAGAGAGCACAGGCUUGUAAACUGUAGGAAUGUAAACUGUAGGAAAACUACUCUU